UCUGACCACAAAUAAUAUAAAAUGACCAAAACAAGGCGUGUGCUUUAACCAUAAUGGCAGUAACUCUGAAAUGACACACACAUGUGUACAUGUAAUGAUUAUUACAAUGAGCAGUACUUUCCAGUGGUGUGGUAGGCAUAUGGUCAAAAUAGCCCUUCUCAUUUUAAAUGACUUAACUUCGUCAUGUCAACCUAAAUAUAGACUAUAUUUAACCAAAGUUAACUAUAAUCGACUAUAUUAUUUAUCCUGAAGGCCUAACACAUCAGUACCAAUGAAUGUAUAUUUAAAAGUUCAUGCAUAUUACUUGCUAUUUCUGCAUUACAAUGUGGUUUAAUCAUCAUAAAAAUAUUUGUAACAUGACAAUGGUAGAGUAAAGUUGUUGAAUGAAACCGAAAUUAGUAUAACAUAUGUUGUUCAUAAAGUAAUUAAAAUUAUAGAGCUCAUUUGGAAAUCCAAACAGCUUGAAUUAUUAAUAACUUUCAUUUAAGAUCUUAGACAAAGAGUUAUAAUAUAUGUGAAUGCAAAAUCUUGUAUAUUUGCAUAAUAUGGGCAAAGUGUUUUCAUUUCAUUCCAAGUUUUUCAUUUGAAUUUCAUGUGUUUUCAUUUGCAGCAGCAAGAAAUGAGAAUAAGAUAACAAUACAAUUUGUAUUGUUUGUAAUUGUCAUAUUAUGCACAAUGUACGAACAUAUGAUUUAGUUGUGUGUACCUACAUAAAAUUUAGAAUUUAGCCUAUACGUUUGAAUUUCACUUCAGCAAUGUUUAAAAUUUCACAGUAUUUCUUCACAACAAAACGCUGAUAAACAUAAUAGGAAAUACAAUAGAACAAAAUAGAAUCUGUCACCUUUCGGAUGGAUUUCUAAUGUUGAUUCAUCUCUAAAUCUCUGAAAUGCGUUAUGAAGUAUAGCCGUUGGAAGUCAAUAUUGUUCUAUGUCAGCGCAUUGGCCCCUGGGUGGCACUGUACUCAAAAGGGAGGAGUUGGUUAAAACAAACUGACUGUAAUGAUAGUCCUUUGAGAAUGACACGUAUGAAAGAUUUGAAAAAUCCAAUUCAUAGCCAUUAGUUGGGCUUACUUUUUCCGGAAGGGAUAAGUAGCCUAUAAUUAGAGCUAACUCGAGAAGUCUACGUGAGAUCAACUCGCGCGCCAUUUAAAGGGGCAGCAUCGAGAGGAGAAAAAAAAAAAUAAACAGACGGAUCAUUGUGGCUUUCAUAAACAUUUACGUUACUGAAGAAUCGGAUGGCACAUAGUCUUUACGGUCUACUCAAGAAGAGGAGGAAAGGAUGGGGAAGGGAAUUUGUUCGAGACGACAGAGAAGAAUAUUUCAGUCUUUCCUGCUUCUCAUCUUCGUCUGCGGGACGCUGUGCGCCUUCAUGAUCUCAUAUGAGAUGCAAAAAGAGCUGAAAAAGACUGAGGCGACGGCUUUGAAGUACCAGCAGCAUCAAGAGUCACUUUCUGCACAGCUGCAAGUGGUAUAUGAGCAUCAUUCUAAGAUAGAGAAAUCCCUCCAGAAAGAAAGACUUGAGCAUAAGAAGGCUGAAGAAGAUUUGCUUGUGUUUAAGCGGGAAUCACAGAAGACCCUCAACAAAGAAAAGCAAGAAUCAAGCUAUCGACUAAAUGCUCUGCAGACACAGCAUCAAAUACUGAAGUCCCAGCAUGAAGACUUGAAGAUGCAAUAUUAUGAACUUCAAGAGAAGAACCAGAAUCAAGGGCAGGAUCAUGAACAUGUUCUGGAUGAGCACAGGCUGGAAAUAGACAACCUGCAGAGGGAGAAGGAGGUUGAAAUAUCGAGACUGAAAGAGAAUGUGUACAACCUUCGAGAGGAGAACAGACAGCUGCGGAAAGCUCAUCAGGACAUCUACACACAGUUACUUGAUGUGCAGGAACAGCACAGAAACCUGAAAGCUUCCAAAGCUCAUCUCUCACUCACAUUACAAGACCACAAAAAUGCACUUGUUGCAGCCCAGGUGGAAGGAUAUGAGGAAAAUGAAAAAGGGUUAUCCCCUCGGGGUGUGCUGGAGAUUGAAAAUAACAAUGCGACCAAAGUGGCAAUGAAGCAGCCUCAGCAAAUUGAUAUUUUUUCUGAGGGAAAUGGCAAGAAACAGGAGAAAAGCACAUCAAAGGAUACAGGAGGAGAGGAUAAGGGGAAAAAGGCAGUGAUGGAACAUUCCUUAUCAAACCCAGUAGAGUUGGGCAUUAACCCUCGCAACACGCUAAGCCAAAGCCUGGAGAAACAGACACAGACAGAGCCACUUCACAGAACCAAAGUACACUUUGAGGCUUUGGAUACAGUGAUCGCUGGGAAUGCUGUCCAAUCACACUAUAUUAUGGCUGGACAAGAUGAUGUAAAGGAGACUCAAAAGCAUGACAAGGGCAUAGGAGAAAAAAAACUGAACGCUGUGAAUGAGGGCAACAACCAGAACGAAGAUGAAUUUGAAGAGGCAGAAGAAGAAACAGAGUACAAGACCAAUGUGAAUGAGAUCAGGCCUGAAGAGGAUGAGCAGCUUGUGGUGGCAGGCAAUCCAGAGCAGCAAGAGGACCAACCAGAUGAGGAAUAUGAGGAUGAUGUAGAGGAUGAGACUCUUGAUGACUCAGUGCAUGACAGACAGAAGAGAGCAGAAGAGGAAGAGAGUGAAGAUGAUCCCUACAGUGAGCGUAAUGGAGCACAGGGCCAUGAAUGAAUACACAGAAGCUGAAAAUGAUGCCAAUCAGAUGGAGAGUUUCCAAGAAAAAACGAUAAAAGAGGAUUGAAGAAGAUCUUGGGGAAAGCAAUCAAAAGCCUGAGAUGUGAAGAGGACUGAUUCUAGUGUCUGCUGAGUGGCUUUACACAUCUCUUCUAGCAGAAAACUAAAGUGCAACAACUGUGAUCCCUUGUUUUCCCCCCAAGAAGUGACUACUUGUGCAAGUGCCUUUUACUUCCAAGUACAAGGAGUUGUUUAGCAUUUAUAUUUAAUCAAAGCAUUGUAUCUUCUUGAUCUUUCUAAGGCGAUAUGAACUGGCACCCUGCUGAAUGAAAAUAAGUCAACUUUUAAUUUCUUAUGUCAGGGAGAAAUAUUCCAAUUAAUCUUCAGUUCAUUCUUUUCACUUAGUAAAAGUAGUAAAGGGACUGAAAUUACAACAAAGUUGAAGAAGAAAAGAAACAUUUAACUUUUUGUCUGGUAUAUUACUUUCUUCUGAGAACUUAAUGCACAUCUGGACUUUCCCUAAAAAAAUAAAAAAAAAUAUGAUAUAGUAAAGCUGUACAUGAGCUCUUUAAUUGCAUUGUGUUAUUAUAAUAUGAAAUGUAUAGGAACCUUAAAUAAUUUAAAAAU